AUGUUCGCACAGCAGCAAUCAUCGUCGAGGAAUUGCCCUCGACACCGACGACGAAGGGGCGCCCCAGGACUAAUCGCUUGUUCGAGAAGCUCUGACGAAAUACUUCAGCGGUCCCCAAGCGUGUCCCUCAGUCCGGUAACGGGGCCGGGUACCACCUUCAGCUCUGUGGCAUCGGCGUUUGAUUUCCAGCAUCAUGUCGGCAGCGAUCCUGCAAGCGAGUUGCUCGUGCUCAAACACAUCCUGACGAGAGAGUGCCUCCUGUCUCGCCUGGAAGCCGUCUGCGGUAGCCUCCGAAAGCGGUUCCAGCUCCCCGCCGCAAAGGCGACGGCAGAUAGCGGCACGACGGCUCGGAAUACAGAGGACGGCAACGGCGUUGUGGCUUUGCUGUCCAGAAUGCGGGACGCCACCGUCGCCGUGAUCGAAGCCAUUUCAGUGUGGAGGAAGGAUAUGACCGGGCAUUUGCCACCGGCGUUCGUAUGGCACGGAGACAACUAUCUACUUAAGAUCACGAACGACCUCAACUUUCUUGCUGGGGUGCAACCCUUGGUCGACACUCUAAAGAUGCAUCCGGCACGGUUUUGUCGGAACCCGUUGAUGCUGCCACAAACGCUUGACGAACAACGACGAGACGGAGAGCUUUGCGAGAGCGGAGUCAACACCACGUCCCCGGGGGCGGGGAAGAGAAGACACUUGUACCAGGUGGCUCAGGUUCUUCUGGACGAGGAAGGUCUCGAGAGGGAACGGGAUUACCUCCGACAAGAAUCAAGCAAGAUCGUCGCGGCUACAUCAGGCCGAGGUGAAACGUCACCAGAGCUCAGCGGGCGACACGGGUUCAACGCGGGUAAUGUAAGGUGUGCGGCGCGGCCGUGCGCAACGACCAGCAGCGUACGGAAGGGAGGGUCGCAGCGCACUGACGUCAGGCCCUUCUCCUACUCGGCGAGUAGCUUUGCUUGCGGCAGAGACCCGGUCACGGAUGACGAGGAGCUCCGACGACAUCAGGGGGGGCUUUCCACGUGGUACGAGCAGGCGAGGUCCCAGCUGGUGUCUCUCAGCAGCAGCCCCGCAGACGAGGAGUAUUUCCUUAGCUCCCGACGCUUCUGGAGCAAAGAAGAGCUCGGGGAUUCGAUGGGUGGCUCUUCCCCCCCCGCGCUUCAUCGAAAACCGCCUGGGACCAUUGCUCGCGGCGGCAAGCGCUCGGGUUAUACCAUGUCUGCUGCUGCUGCUUCGGGGCGAGGAGGGGGUUCGGAGGCGGGCCAAAGAGAUGCAACAGGACGAUUGUCUAACGAUGGCACCUACGGUGACAACGGCGGCGCCGAUCUCUUCGGCGAAAGGCCACAGAAUCACCACCAGAGAGGCUUCCCGCCACCUCGCCAGCAGACGAGAAGCACACAGGGGGUUCCCGCGCACGGGCAGGAGGGGGGCCAAUUCAAGGCGGGGGGGGGGGGGGGGCACAGCAGUGAGCGAGGGGGGGCCGACGUCUGGAGUCGACCGGAUCGCUUCGGAGACGGAAACUCGGCCGCCUUGUCGUGCCUUACCGUAGACGACAUCGAGCAGAUAUUGAGAGAGUUGAACCCGUUGCCAGCGACGGUGGCGGUGUGUGCGGCGGUCGUGUUCCUCCUCGGCCCCGAAGACCAGCUGCCUUCGGAUUUCCUCUGGCCGCAAGGGUUCGAGGCGGUGGCUCUCCCCGCCGAGGACUUCCUGCGCAGGCUGCACGAGACCUCCGGACAACGGGCAAGCUCGUCCAAGGCACAGUUCCUCGCGCCGGUGCUUCAGAGAGAGCACCUUCUCCCCGAGGUGAUCGAGAGGCAAGGCGGGCACGCGGUGGCCAGUCUCUGUGCGUGGGCGCUCGAGGAGCUGCAAGAUUGUGAUGAGUUCGCAGAUUGGAGCGGGAUGGCUCUUGAGCCGUGGUACGAGACUCAGGUGGUUCCUCCUGCCCAUGCCCAAGAAAAUCCGACAGAUUGCAGCGAUGACGUCGACGGAUGUGAGGUCAGGCUUAUCUACAAGGCGCUCCACAAGCUUCCUCAUGUUGGCGCGUCGUACGUGCUGUCGCUUUUCGAGGGCAAGAGCGGCGAGGGUGGCCUGAUCGUCCGCGCGUUCGACCGAGUGAGGCGGGACACCUUCUGGCUCUCGCUGUCCCGCAACAAAGUCGAUGCCUUCGGGAGCAACGCGACCCGUUCGCCCUCGGCCCUGGCAACCGCCCUGACCCGACGCCUGAAAAUGAAGCCGGACGUCGCGGCCGGGACGCAACGGCUGGUCCUCGUGCCCAUUAAGAAGAUCGAGCCGUGUUCUGACAAGAACAGAAAGAACACCGCCGCCACAUCAGCUUCUAUCAGCCUUAGCGCGGACGGCGACGGAACAGAAGCGGACCCGAGGGGGGUCGUGAACGCCGAAGCCAAUCCAGAGUCCACACCAUCGCCUUCGAACGAAGACCCCAGGGCGGCGGCCUUGCCGCCACAAGGUUCGGCGCAGAGGAGUCCCAAGCCGCGAAGAUCGCACCCACCGGCGAUGAGGGGCUCGAGGGUCGAUGACCUAGGCCCCCUAGUCGAGGCCGAGGGGGACGGAAGCGAGUGCUCCGCAAGGGAUGGGGCGGGCACUCAGUCGGUGCCAACCGUCGUUGACGCAGAUGGGGCCGACGCGGCGGACGAGAACACUGGAAACCAGUCUGGGGUGGAACCUGUUGAGGUUGCUGUGUUGGAGGAAAAGUCGAUAGACCAUCAGAUAUACAUCAGUUCAAGACUCUAUCUAGAUCUUCUCGGCAGGCGUGCUAAAAGAUGCCCCCCCCCUGCUCUUUCUUCCCGAUCUCUGCAAAAGCAGAUCAGAAGCCCUCAUCCGGCGGAUAGCCACGAAAACAUGGCGUUAGCUGGCGAGAUCACCGGCGACCGCGAGAAGGAGGAGCCUGCCGUCCAAACAACGAAGGCAGUAGAACAAGCACAAGCUCUUCCUGCCGAGUCCCGAAACGACGAUGGCCAGGGGGGCCUCGCGGGGACAGAGAUGGAAGCCAGCGGUUCUUACGCCGACGAUUUCACUGUCAAGGACAACAACGAAGCCGGCCCAGGGCUUCUUGGGGGGGCGGGGAUUGAAGAAAGCGGCUCCUACGCGGACGAUUUCACUGCCGACGAGGACGAAAACUUCUACGACGACGAGGACGAUCAAAUGGAAAUCCGGGAACGGGUUGACCAGCUAGCGCGUGCAGGUGAAGAAACCGCAGCAGCAUCCGACGUCGUCCGUGGGGGAGGUGGUACGACGGGAUCUGCCCUUUCUGAUGCCGAUGUGUGCCCCGACAAGACUACCGUUUCAGAGUUGGUUGUGUCCGGACCAUGUGGAACUGAAUAUGACGGAAGGCCAUCGGAAGGCGUUCAUGCGAGGGAGGAGAGUAAAGCCGAAGAUGACUACGGAAACGAAUUAUCGGAGGAAGAAGACGAGCAUGACCAAAGCGCCAAGACCAACGUUGUUGCACCUUCGAACCGAACGGCUGCCUUCCUUGUAGAACCGGAAGAAGCACGUUCCUCGUCAAUCGAUGUUCCUGCUGCGGGGGGAGGUGGCGCACUGGCAAGCCAAACGCCGCGGUCAGAGAACUAUGACAAAGACUUCGGAGACGUGGAGGGAACCAGUGCCACGGGAGCGGGAGCCGAACCUGAGCAAUACGUCCAAGAACCAGACGACGGCCUUAGACGGUCACCGGGCGAAACGGCAAGCGAUCCGAGCGUGUCAAUAGAAACAACAGCUGUCGACGAACCCGGAGGGGCUGAUGCAGCCGAAAGAGAGCUGCUGGCAGAGGGAGGGAGUACGCAGGAGGUGCAAUCCCACGAGGGGGGUGACUUGGAGACUAGGGACGACGAAGCUCAACAACAGUCACUACCGACAACAACCACACACCACACCGAUGACCUAUCACUGGCGUCGAUAUCCAUAGAUUCGUUAGGGAACAUGGCUAAGGUUUCUGCGGGUGAGGGGUACGCCUCCGAGUUCGAGGAUGCUCCGGAGGAAGCCAUUCAGGACGAUGUCCAAACGAGCAUGGCAUCAGAAGUAGCGGCCGCAGUAGUAGCAGCAGCUGCAAGCUCGGCUUUGGAACGCGUGUCCGAAAGCAGCGGGUCCGACGCCCCCAGCCUCGCAGUGGACAGUACGGCAAGCACCAAAGAAGCGGAAGCAACCCAGAAUGAUUACCCGGAGGAUGGCAAUAUUGGUACGGAAGCGGUGGUUUCUAUGACAAAUCCCUCAGCCAUGCAACAACGGCAACCUUCGGGGCAGAGUGAGCCGCCCAAUACCAGCCGAACAUCGCUAAUCGAGUUCGAAGGACGCUUUGCAGACACCGCGGACGACAACGACACCGAAGAAAUGAGUGUAAGAAGCGGAGACACCCACGAAGUAGCAGCAGCAGAAGUAGCAGCAGAAGCAGACGCAGAAGCAGAAGCAGAGGCAGCAGCAGAAUCCAGUGUACCUGUCUCUGCCCCGGAGUCCACCGAUCACGCCAACGAGAACGAUUGUUUCUUGACCGACGAUUCAGUACAAGACAUUAUUGAGGAGGUCGGGGUACAGGAGGACCCUCCACUAGUAACGAACCAGGAGAGGUUGGUUCCUCAGACAUCCACAUCGAGCAGAGACGAAGAGUCGGGAGCCGAUAGCGAUGCUGUCCCAGCCAUUGCGGUCGUCGCAGACGCAGCGGAAGAAGGUGAGUUUGAAAUGAAGUUUGAACAAGAGGAAGCGGACCCAGCUCAGCCACCCACCAGGGACACGGCAGGGACUGAGGAGGUGAGAUCGGUGCCGGGUGAUACGCCCUUUCCAGCAGAGCCAUCGCCAUCGCCAUCGCUGGAAGGGAACCCCGCCGCAGAAGUCGACGACGAAAACGAAGGUGCAGGAAAUACGAUGAAGAAAGAGCGUCAUCUCUCAGCAGCACCUGAAGAUGUGCCUUCGCCCUCCCUGAGUGGGGAAGAACCGAGGGACGAAGGUUUAUCUCGUGGUCCAGUCGGGGAACAAGCGGAGGGGGGCGGGGAAGCAAAAGAAACGCAUUCGAUGACAGAAGGCGAGGACUUCGAGGAUUUCGAGGAAGAUUUUGCCUCAGCGGGAUCGGACGAAGAAGAUAGGGUUGUUGGUUUCGAUAACGUCCAAACAAGGCAGAAAACCAGCACUCCAGAGGCUAGUAGUAGAGAGGAGACCUUGGUAGCGUCUGCACAACAGGACGGCGGUGGGGGGGCUGAGGCCUUUAGCGAGUCGGAAGACUUGCAUCUUCCAGAAUCCAUAGCAACAGCAGGAGCCGGAGAUGAGUCGGUCACCGGAAGUGAAGAAAGAGAACCGUGUGGAGAAUCGUCUCAACGAGAAGCUAUGGGGUCAAGGCAAUCCGUGGAGGAGGCGGAGAACCGCGAAGAGGACGGAGCGCGAAGGGGGUCUGUGGAUCAGGUUUUAACACCAUCGGGAAUAACAGCGGCAGCAACAGCCACAGCAGCAGCAGCGCCGGCAACAGCAGGAGUACCAGAGCUGUCCGACGAGGAUGGAGAUGACUUUGAAGAUGAUUUCGAGGACCCAUAG